AUGGGAAUUGGUGGAACAUUUGCAAAUACUAUUCGUAAAGCAUUGAAUAGUGUGGUACCGAAGAAACUUUGGCCAAAAAUAAAGAAGCGCCUACGAUUUGCUUUCAAUCAGCGAGGCAUUAGGCUGCCAGUGAUGUGCGGUGUCGAACUUGAAAGACCUUCACUAAGUUACAUCGAUCAUGCUAUCAUAAUCGAUACCGAUUUCAGCUAUGAUUUACCGCGGUUCAUCCGGAAAUUUAAAGUGUACAUUAAUGCGGAGAUCGCAAGAGCAAGGAAGAAAGAGCAGAUGGAAGAUGAGGAAGAUUAUUAA